GACCCACCAUAUCCAAUCUCCAAAUCAACUCAAACCCCUAUUAUCAAAAAAAAAAACCUCAAACCCCUCAGAAUUUCCUCCUCUUUCUUCCCCAGUUCCCUCCAUAACCACACCAAAUUAAACCCUAGCAGCACUCAUUAUACUGCUUCGUACAACAACGAUUCGCGCAAAGCACUAAUCUACUGGAAAAAAUAUGCAAACUUUCCCUGCCAUAAGGUCCUCCGACCUUUCAUCUCUACCAGGAGCAGGAGCAGCUUUUUUCAUACCCAGGACUCAACUCACUUUUCCCAAAAAGUUGUUCUUCUGCCACGCUAAAUACGCUGAAUCGGGUAACGCAGGGUUGCACAACUUAAUAGUUGCACCUGCAAAUCCAUUAGUUGCGGAGAAGGAAGAAGCCAAGGCUGUAUUGACCUUGUUUUUGAAGAAACGAGGUUUGAGCAAUGCGGUUGCAGCAAUAACUGUCGACAAAUCAGGACUUUUUAUCGAUCACCUUGUUUCAAGGCUUCAUUCUGUUCAUAAAAAUCGGUAUCUGGGAGGUUCAAGGCAAGAGCUUACAACUCUUGAGAUCAGGAAUGCUUUAAAUCCAUACCUUGAAACCCUCUACGAGGAGUUUGGAGACAUUCUAGUAGAUGUAGUUGAAAAUUUUCCAAAUCCAGCCACUGAAGAAAGAUCGGCAGAAAAUUUAUCAAUCCCGUCUUUGGAAGAAGAACCGGUUGUGCCAGUUUCAGCCCCUAUUACCACCCUCAACUCCAAGAAGUUAAAAGCCUUGGCGAGAUUGACUGACGACGGUCUCACUGGGAAGCCACCUCCACAUAUUAUCUACCUCACAGCACUUGGCAUGGAAAUUGAGGUGAUCAAAGAAGUGACAAGCAAGUUUCCUUCCUUUGCUUACUACAGCUUGGAUAGGAAAAUUAAACCUGUGGUUGAAGUCCUACUUGAUCUUGGGAUACCUAAAUCCGAUAUCCCCACCAUUCUCAGCAAAAGGCCCCAUCUAUGUGGAGUCCGUGAGACAGAAAAAUUAUUAAUACCCACUUUGACGUAUUUAAAGAACUUGGGCAUGGACAAGAAACAGUUGAUAAAGGCAAUUCGUCGAUUCCCUGCACUUCUCACUUGUAGCAGGCAGAAGUUGGAAUCAAGUAUUGAUCUGCUUUAUGAAUUGGGGCUUCCAGCUGAAAACCUGGGUAAGGUUCUAACGCGUGGUCCGCAGAUCUUAGGUUUGAGUGUGGAGACUCUAAAGGCUAGAGCAAAGUAUUUCCAUUCGCUUGGGGUUGAUGUUGGCAGUCUUCUCUACAGACAUCCGACAAUUUUUGCUCUAAACAUCGAGACCCAUUUGAAACCUUUGAUGGAGUUUUUCUUGGAGAGAGGAUUCAGUACUUCGGAUAUAGCAUCAAUGAUUUCCAGGUUUGGAAGUCUGUAUACUUUUAGCUUGUCAAACAAUAUUAUGCCCAAGUGGGAGUUUUUUUCGACAAUGUGCUACCCGAAAUCUGAUCUGGUUAAAUUUCCUCAGUAUUUUGGGUACAGUUUGGAGCUAAGGAUUAAACGUAGGUAUGCAAUAAUGAGGGAAAGUGGAGUAACGUUGUCUCUGCAUCGGUUACUCCGUCUUUCGGAUGCUGACUUGGAUGAGGUUUUGAAACAAAAAAUGGAGAAACAUGUUGGAUGAAACUUUUCCGUUACAAGAUUAUUCUGUUCAUCACAGGUGGUUCGACCGGAUGUUUAUGAGGGAAAGCGGUGUGACGUUUACUCUGAAACGGUUUCUCUAUCUUUCGAAUGGUGAGUUGGAUAAGUUUUGCAGAUCAAACACAAAAAAAGAAGAAGAAGUUGGAUAUGGUUUUGAAAUGAAAAAAGGAAGGAAAAUGUCGGAUGAAUCUGGUUCGAUUCCAAGCUUUUUCUGUUCAUCACAGGUGAUUCAAUCCCAGUUUUGUUAUAGCCUCUGGUCCAAAAUCCCAGUAAAGUUAUUGGUUAGGCUUUAUCACUGAUGAAUUACUUAGAACCAGAGAUUAUCAGGCUCGGGGCAUUUCGUUGUUGUUCAUCAGUAUCAUUUCAAGGACCAGCUUAGUUUUAAUUGUAUCUGUUGUAUAAAUAAAUUGUUUUGAUAUUCUUCAAAUGUUAAUAAGAACAAUUUAAUGUUGCUUUUA